CACGCACCUACACACCCCUCAGCCAACAAUGGUGAGCCUCUCAAGCACCAUGUUCAGCGCCGCCGUGCUCUCCCGCAAGCCGGUAGUAUGCGCCACCAGCAUCCGUUCCCUCCCCGGCCUCAACCAGGCCGCACUCUUCGGCCUCAAGUCCCCAUCCUCCGGCGGAAGAGUCACCUGCAUGGCGACAUACAACGUGACUAUCACCCCCAGCGGAGAGCUGACCUUCAGUUGCGCAGACGACGAGUACCUCCUGGAGAAGGCGGAGGAGGUGGGGCAUGGUCUUCCGUACUCGUGCGGCGCCGGAUCUUGCUCCUCCUGCGCCGGGAAGGUGGUCAGUGGGGUGGACCAGUCGGACCAGAGCUACCUGGACUACGAUCAGAUCGAGGAGGGGUGGGUUCUGAUGUGCGCUGCGUACCCUACUUCCGAUGUCACCAUUGAGACCCACAAGGAGGAGGAGCUCGUUGGUUGAUUUGAUCAGAAUCAUGUGGAUUUCGAUUUCGAUUCAUCCGUAACUUCAAUUGACACUCAAGAAGAGUCUCAUUCUUGCCCUCCUCCAAGUCGUCGACAUCAAUGUGGUCAGCAACGUCAUCGGUGGGCGCUUCAGAUGGAUGCUGCUGCAUGUGUCUAAAUGAAAACUCGUGCUCGAUUUCAUGGUUUGAG